AUGGCGGAGAAGCUAGACACCGUGGACGCUGUCCACGAGCAUGAUAAGGAAGUUGAGACCAAGGUCGUCAAGGGUAAUGAGGCUUUCAACGAGGCUAUGAUCAAGGAGCCUCCCAAUCCUUGGACUAGAGCUCAGUUGUUGAUUUAUGCUUUCUCCAUCGUCGGCUUUUUCUGCUCCACCAUGAACGGAUACGAUGGAUCCUUGAUCAACAAUCUGCUCCAAAACCCUGCCUUCAAGGACUAUUACAACGUCGAAAACACUGGUAUCUGGGCUGGUAUCAUCACCUCCAUGUACCAGAUCGGUGGUGUUGUCGCUCUCCCCUUCGUCGGACCUGCUAUUGACACCUGGGGCCGAAGAAUCGGUAUGCUCAUCGGUGCUCUUCUGAUCAUCAUCGGUACCAUCAUCCAGGGUACAUCUCACGGCGCUGGUCAGUUCAUGGGCGGUCGUUUCCUGCUCGGUUUCGGUGUGUCCAUUGCCGCCGCCGCUGGACCUAUGUACGUUGUCGAGAUCAACCACCCCGCCUUCCGUGGUGUCGUUGGUGCCAUGUACAACACCCUUUGGUUCUCCGGUGCCAUCAUUGCCUCAGGCUCUGCUCGUGGUGCUCUCAACACCGGAGGAGAUUACUCGUGGAGACUCAUCACCUGGCUCCAAGCUCUGUUCUCUGGUCUCAUCUGCAUCUUUUGCCUACUUCUCCCGGAAUCCCCUCGAUGGCUUUACGUGAACAACAAGAAGGAGGCUGCCAAGAAGAUGCUCAGCAAGUAUCACGGCAACGGCAACCCUGAUUCUCCUUGGGUCACCCUCCAACUCCACGAGUACGAGGAGCUCCUUGACAUGGAUGGUGCUGACAAGCGUUGGUGGGAUUACCGUGCUCUGUUCCGCAACCGCGCUGCCGUCUACCGCCUUUGCUGCAAUCUUGCAAUUUCCAUCUUCGGCCAGUGGGCAGGCAAUGCUGUGUUGUCCUACUUCCUGGGCGCCGUACUGGAUACCUGCGGUUACACCGACGCCAUCUCGCAGGCCAACAUUACUCUGAUCAACUCCUGCCAGCAGUUCCUGUGCGCCAUCUUUGGUGCCUUCCUCGUCGACCGUGUCGGCCGUCGUCCUCUACUGCUGUUCUCCUUCACAGGCUGCUGUGUUGUCUGGCUCGGCAUGACCAUUGCCUCUGCCGAGUUUGCCAACUCUGGUGGCGGCAAGAACCCCGAUGGAUCGACCAAGACUGGCCCAGGCAUCGACACAAAUGCGUCCAAGGCCGCCCUUGCCAUGAUCUUCAUCUUCGGCUCCAUUUACUCUGUCGGUAUUACUCCCCUGCAGGCCCUCUACCCCGUCGAGGUUCUGUCUUUCGAGAUGCGUGCCAAGGGCAUGGCCUUCUCCUCGCUGGCCGUCAACGUUGCCGGUCUGCUUAACCAGUUUGCUUGGCCCGUUGCCAUGGAGAACAUUGGCUGGAAGACCUACAUUGUCUUCACCGUCCAGGACUGCGUCCAGGCACUUAUCAUCUGGCUCUACAUUCCCGAGACCAAGGGACGAACUCUCGAGGAACUCGACGAGAUCUUUGCUGCCAAGAACCCUGUCAAGGCAUCCACACAAAAGAAGGCUAUCGCCGUCACUCAGCACGGCGACAUUGUCAACGUGCAGGAAGUCUAG